UGGUUUUCAAAGGAACCAGUAGUAACAUAUAGCGUCAAAUAAGAUUAAAUGAAGUAACCUUCUAAACUAAGUUUAAGCUAUAUUUCUUUGUCGCAGGUCCAUCGGGUGUUCACUCGAGGGGUGGCAGGCAUGGAAGGUACCAUUCACAGAGGAGACAGAGUUUUGUCAAUAAACGGGACCAGCUUGAGUGGUAUCACACACGCAGAGGCGCUGUCAUGCCUUCAUCAGACCAGACUGCCGAAGCAGGCAUUAGUGAUCAUCCAGAAGGGCAAGAACACUGAGCCAACAUCACCUAGACAAGAACUUCCCCUUCAGACUGGAAUCUGUCCUACUCCAGGCCAUAGAGACAGCAUCAGAGAACAUAAAACAAGUGUGGAAGUGGGGCCAGACGGGGCUUUGAGUGUGGAGUUACACAAGACUACAGCCGGUUUAGGGUUCAGUCUAGACGGAGGCAAAGCAUCUGCCCAUGGAGAUCGACCUCUUUACAUCAAACGCAUUUUCCAUGGAGGAGCCGCUGAACAGUCCCGGGUCAUUGAUGUCGGAGAUGAACUUCUAGCCAUCAAUGGCAGGUCUUUGCAGGGCCUUAUGCACUAUGAUGCCUGGAACAUCAUUAAAACAGUCUCUGAGGGUCCCGUCCAGUUAGUCAUCAGAAAACCCCGGACUUCAGUAUGACGUCUGAUCUAUCUGCACGUGUUGCACGUUUGUGAGAUGCCAAACUCUGGUGGACUCUCUUUGUACAUAGACUUUGCAUUCUUUUUAUAUGUUUGUUACAGGAUCUCUAUGAUCUGAUGAAUUUUUUGCACAUUGAUUUUUAUACAAACAGAUGCUUCUGCAGAUUUGUGGUAGACUCACAUAUGC